AGCGCCUUCCCUCAAUUGGCGCGUGACACCCACCGCCCGAGCUCAUUUCUCCGGUCACCGGACUCGGAAUCCUCUUCCACCACUCUCCUAAAUCGCACUCCACUCAAUCCCAACCGCCAUUUUCAGUCCUCCACUGUUGACUCUCCUCUCUCUUCUCUCACACCAGUCAACUACCCUCCGAGACUGGUCAGAACCCUAGCCACCAGCUAGGGUUUACCUCCCCCUCACUGCAAUUGGAUCGAUCCAAACGACGACCACAUGAAAUCCGACGGGAUUCGCGUGAUUUUCCUCAUCUGCUUACUCCUCUGCGACGGCUCGAAACUCGUUCGCGGGGGCGAUGAGCCGGCGAAGAACAAGUUCCGGGAGCGAGAGGCCAGCGACGACUCCAUCGGCUAUCCGAACAUAGAUGAGGAUGCGUUGUUGAAUACACAGUGCCCUGCGAAAUUGGAGCUUAGAUGGCAAACCGAAGUUAGUUCUAGUAUUUAUGCUACUCCGUUGAUCUCUGAUAUUAACAGUGAUGGAAAGCUCGAGAUUGUGGUGCCGUCUUUUGUUCACUAUCUUGAAGUUUUGGAAGGUUCCGACGGAGACAAACUCCCUGGUUGGCCUGCUUACCAUCAGUCAACUGUACAUGCAAGUCCUCUUUUGUAUGAUAUUGAUAAGGAUGGCGUGAGGGAGAUAGCUUUAGCAGUCUACAAUGGUGAAGUUCUCUUUUUCAGGGUCUCAGGCUACAUGAUGGUAGAUAAACUAGUAGUACCUCGCAGGAAAAUUAAAAAGAAUUGGUUUGGGGGUCUGCAUCCAGAUCCAGUUGACCGUACACAUCCAGAUGUUCAUGAUGACCUUCUUGUCAUGGAGGCCACUAAUAUGAAUUCAAUUCCUCAAACAGAUGAAGGCACAACUAAAGUUAACAAGUCUACUACUGUUGCAACAGAAAGCCAUCCUGGUGUCAACACUUCAACAUCUGUUUCAAAUGACAGCCAUCCUGAUUUAAAUACUUCUACUACUGUUUCAAAAGAAAGUGUUCCUGGAUUAAAUACUUCAGCUCCUAUUACAAACGAAAGCCACCUGAGCAUGGUCAAUGCUUCAAAUCCUGAGGUUGAGAAGAAAGCAAAUUCAAGUCAGUUAGAAACAGACAUCAAGCUUCCUACAAGCACAGAUAAUUCUUCUGUCACUCAUAAUACCGAGAACGGAACUAGUUCUGGUAGAAGGCUUUUGGAAGACAACAAUUCAAGCAAAUCACAGGAUGGUGGUUCUGAAUCCAAAGAUAAUAGUAAGGAGGACAUACAUGUUGCAACUGUAGAAAAUGAUGGUCUUCUCGAAGAGGAUGCUGAGUCAUCUUUUGAGUUACUCCGUGACAAUGAUGAACUGGCCGAUGAGUAUAACUAUGACUAUGAUGAUUAUGUUGAUGAAAAAUUGUGGGGAGAUGAAGAGUGGACUGAAGAGCAACAUGAGAAAAUAGAAGAUUAUGUCAAUGUUGACGCACACAUCUUAAGCACUCCUGUCAUAGCAGACAUUGAUAAUGAUGGAGUAUCAGAAAUGGUUGUUGCUGUGUCUUACUUCUUUGAUCAUGAGUACUAUGACAACCCAGAGCGUUUGAAGGAAUUGGGUGGCAUUGAUAUAGGAAAAUAUGUAGCUGGUUCCAUUGUUGUUUUCAACCUUGACACGAAGCAAGUAAAGUGGACUGCUGAUCUAGAUUUGAGUACAGAUACUGGAACGUUCCGUGCUUACAUAUAUUCAUCUCCAACUGUUGUUGAUUUGGAUGGUGAUGGGAACCUGGACAUUCUUGUCGGAACUUCAUUUGGCUUGUUUUAUGUGUUAGAUCAUCAUGGCAAGGUGAGGGAAAAGUUUCCUCUUGAAAUGGCUGAAAUUCAAGGAGCUGUUGUUGCUGCGGAUAUUAAUGAUGAUGGAAAAAUUGAACUAGUGACUACUGAUACUCAUGGAAAUGUUGCUGCAUGGACUGCUCAAGGAGUAGAAAUUUGGGAAACGCAUGUUAAGAGUCUUGUUCCCCAGGGUCCCACUAUUGGUGAUGUUGAUGGGGAUGGCCGUACUGAUGUUGUUGUUCCAACAGUAUCAGGGAACAUAUACGUUCUUAGCGGCAAAGAUGGGUCAAUUGUUCGUCCUUAUCCAUAUAGAACUCAUGGGAGGAUUAUGAGUCAAGUUCUUCUUGUGGAUUUAAGUAAAAAAGGAGAGAAAAAGAAGGGUCUCACUCUUGCUACAACAUCAUUUGAUGGAUAUUUGUACCUUAUUGAUGGACCAACAGCAUGUGCAGAUGUUGUUGAUAUUGGCGAAACUUCAUAUAGCAUGGUCUUAGCAGAUAAUGUUGACGGUGGGGACGAUCUUGAUCUUAUUGUUGCAACCAUGAAUGGCAAUGUUUAUUGCUUCUCGACCCCGGCUUCACAUCAUCCCCUCAAGGCAUGGAGAGUACCUAGCCAAGGGAGAAAUCAUGUUGCAAAUAGGUACAACCGUCAAGGUAUCUUUGUUAAACAUUCAUCAAGAGCUUUUCGUGAUGAAGAGGGCAAGAACUUUUGGGUGGAGAUUGAGAUCAUAGAUGAGUAUAGAUACCCGUCUGGGUUGCAAGCCCCAUACAAUGUUACAACAACCUUGUUGGUGCCUGGUAAUUACCAAGGAGAGAGAAGGAUAAAGAUAAACCAGAUCUUCAAUCGUCCUGGAAAGUAUCGUAUAAAGCUUCCAACAGUUAAUGUAAGGACUACUGGGAGUGUGGUUGUCGAGAUGGUUGACAAGAAUGGACUCUAUUUUUCAGAUGAUUUCUCCCUCACAUUCCAUAUGUACUACUACAAACUGUUGAAGUGGCUGCUUGUCCUACCAAUGAUGGGGAUGUUUGGUGUGCUUGUAAUCCUUCGUCCUCAGGAAGCUAUGCCUUUGCCAUCAUUUUCGCGAAACACUGACUAAAGUUUCUACUUUGAUUAAACAUCCCCCAACUUCGUAGUACUUUAAUAGACAUCAAGUCUACCUACCGAUGGCGGUUACAGCAGCAUCGGGCACUUCAGUGACCCAUCUUUUAUAGCUCAGUUAGAGAUGUGUUGCCGAAAUUCUGAGUGUUGAACAAUAGAUGUCGGAACUUUGUAACAUAGUUGAAAUGAGUUAGGACAACAGGAAUGAACACCAAAUCCAAGUUUUCCCCUUUAGGGUUUAGCCUAAACCCUAAACCCUAGCUAAAGGAGAUGUAGUGAACAGUCAUUUUUGAAUUUUUUCUUCAUAUUUUCAUAGCGAGUGAUAAUACUGUUCUACUUGGAAAAAACUUAGCUCUCACUCCGGACCCUUCAUAAUCUCCUGUACUUGU